AUGCCACUAACGAGUCCGAUCAUUGACUUGACGCUAGAGGGGAGCGACACGUCUGACGUAGAGCAUGCACGGGCUGACGUUAGCGCCGCCAGAGCUGACUUGGAGAACACUGGGGCUGACGUAAGCGAUACAAGGACGGGCGUGGAGGAGUCUAGAGUCCCCAUGAACAUGGAAAGUACAAGGGCUGAUGGCGUGGAGCAGUCAACGGCUGACGUGGAAACGACAUCGGCUGACGUGGAACAGUCAACGGCGGACGUGGAAGCGAAGAGAGCCAAGGUGGACGAGGCAAGGACAGACGAGCAGGCCAGAGGGGGCGGGGAGGCUAUGAGUGGUGUAGGGGCGGAGACACGGGAUGAGCGCGAGGAGCGAGCAGGUGAGGCGACGGCAGGCAAGACAACGUCAGGUGGUGAAAUGGCAAUGGGGGCUGCGGAGUACGCUGGGGCGAGGGAAGGGGAGAGGGGAGCGGAUGGGGCGGAGAAGAUUGGCAAAGGGAGGAGAAAGAAAGGACGCCGAGAGGGGAGAGGAGAGGAGGAGGGGACGAUGACAGUGGCAGGCGAGGGACAGGCGGAGGCGUUGGAGGGCGGGCAGAAUGAAAACCAGGAGGACGGGCAGGAGAGGAAAAAGAAAAGGAAGAAGAAGUGGAAGGGCAAGGGAGCAGAAGGAGCAACGGGCGAUGGCGCAGCAGCGAAUCAACUGCAGGGCGACCAGUCGGAACCCCAAGAGAAGGCCCAGUCAGAGCCUCAGUGGAAAUCGGAAGCAGCAGGCGAGGCAGGGGGGGACGCAGGCGGGGAGAGCGUGGAGAUGCGGCGGCUGCUACGGCUGCCACGUUACUUCACACCGGCCGAGGGGCAGCACCAGUGCUACCUCUGUGGCCUCGUGCUCGCCGGGCCCCUUCCCCACGUCUGCCAGGGCGUGCAGCAGGGGGACGGGGGUGAAGGGGGAACUGGGGGAAGGGCGGGGGAGGGCGAGGGCGAGGGGAGGGUGUGCUGCGUGUGUGGGGGGUUGGGGCAUUCGGAGCGGCGGUGCCCCGAGAGGGUGAUGUGUGUGCGCUGUGGGCAGCCGGGCCACGUGGUCAGGCACUGCCCCUCCCGCACGUGGACCCGGGCGCAGGGGGCGGCUGGUGAUGGCGGGCGCAAGGGCGCUCACGGUGGCCGUGGUGCUGCUGGUGGUGGGGGUGGGGAUAGUACCGUUGCUGCUACUGGCGAUGGUGGCACUGCUGCUGCGGGCGGAGAGAAAAAGGCUGAGGUUGAUGAGGGGGCGAAGGCGGAGGGGGAGGGGGCGCAGAGGGGAGGGAGGGAAGGGGGGGCAGCGGAGUGCAUGCGGUGUGGUGGGGAGGGGCACGUGUUUGGGGAGUGCUGGCAGCCGUAUGACCCCGCUGACCUGGCGAGGGUGCAGUGCCACGUGUGCCUGCAGUGGGGCCACCUGGCGUGCGCUGACCUGGCAGACCCGCCGCCCAAGCCGUCGUGCUGCUGCUGUGGCGCCAGGGGACACCACGGCGAGGUGAGCGGCAGCAUGAAGGAGUGCCCCUCUGCUCGCCAUUUCAACUCCUUCAACUUUGCUUCACACAGCCCCGCCACCAGAUACAAGACAGCAGGUGCCGAUUCGCCUGCUGCUCACCUGAGGGCAGCGGGUGCGGGCAGGGGGGCGGAGGGGCGGCGGUGCUUCCGGUGUGGCGAGGCGGGGCAUUUGAUUAAGGACUGCCCCAAGACGUUUCGCAGGGGGCGGGGCACGCAGGAGGAUGAGGGGGAGGAGGGAAGUGGAGACGCAGAGGGGGGUGGGGGAGAUGGGGGGAUUUGGGGGAGGGGAGGGAAGAAGCGCUUUGUUAAGGCUCAGCUGAGUAGUGAUGAUGAAGAGGAAGAGAUGGAUGGUGGUGGUGGUGGUGGUGGUGGUGGUGACGGGGAUGACACGAGGUUUGUGGGGUAUGAUGACAGUGAUGAUAGCGGGGAGGAUCGUAUCAAGGAUAGUAUCAUGAUUGCCGCCCGCUUUGACACCGGGAGAGGCGGCAAACGGCAGCAGGGGCAGAGAGGGCUGUGGGGGCGGAAGGGGCAGCAGGGGCAGAGAGCGCAGCACAAGCGGUUCUGGGACAGUGAUGAUGGUAGCCACGGCAAUGGCAACCCCGGUGGCCAUGAGUAUGAGGAGGAGGACGAGGAGGGUGGGUGGAGGAAUGUGAGGGUGGCAGGGCAGGUGGAGAGGAAGAGACGUGGGGGUUGGGAGGAGGAGGGGGAUGACGGUGCUGGGCGGGGUGGGAAGAGAGGGAAGCGGCAGCAAUUUGAGGGGGGUAGGUCUGCUUGGGAUGAGGACGAGGAGGAGGAGGAGCUUUGGGGAGGAGGAGGGGGGAGGAGGGGGGGCAGAGCGAGCAACGGGAAUUUCGGGGAGGAUGGAAAGGGUUGGGGGGGUGAGAGGGAGAGAAAUGCAGAGGGGUGGAGUGGAGCGAAAAAGGGGAGGUGGCACAAGGGUGGUGGCGAGGCGAGGGCUGCAUGGGAGAUGGGGACAGGGGGCAAGCAGGGAGGCUCACAGGGGAAGGGCGGAGGGAGCAAGAAGGAGAAGGGGGCAGGAAAGGGAGGGUGGGCGGGCAGCAAGCACUUGAGCGGUCAGAAGAGGAAGCGCAACGAGGGGAAGAAGGGUGGCAACGAGGGGAAGAAGGGUGGCAACGAGGGGAAGAAGGGUGGCAACGAGGGGAAGAAGGGUGGCAACGAGGGGAAGAAGGGUGGCAAGCCCAGGUGGACGGGAUGA